AUGAAUCGAUCUAUUCAUAUUAAUAAUAAUCAUAUUGUAAAUAAUUCUAUAACUCGACAACAACAACAUCAUGUUAAUCAUUCGCAUCAAGAACAAAUACUACAAAAUCAUCCACUCACAUCGUCAUCAACCAUUUCACAUCAACAUCAUGAAGAAUAUGCUACUUGCACAAGUAAAACAUCGCUCUCUAUUGAAAAUACAAAUUAUUCACUAGACGAAAAUUAUGAUUGUAUAUAUCCUCAAAAAUGUUUUAAAUCUUCGCCAGUUAUCAAUGCAUCUUCACCAUCGUCAGACAAUAUUUAUUUUUGUAACAAAGUUCUAUAUUUAACACCAGAUGAAACAAAAUUGAGACAAAAAGAUCAGUCAUGUACAACAAAUAAUAUUUUGUACAAUUCAUCAGAUUAUCCAUAUUUAUCAAGUGAUACUGAUAUUAAUUGUUCAACAAAUGAUAAUUAUUAUUCACCAUCGACAUCAACAGCAACAGUAGCUAUAAAAACUUCAUCAUCAUUAAUUGAUGAUCAAACUACUAUUUAUUAUAAUGAUUAUCCUAAUACAACAGCAAAUCGUUAUAAUCAAUUUUCUAUCGAUACUACUCCUAAUUCAUCAUGGUUAACAUCUACCGAAUCCAAUUAUCCUGUACAAUCAUUUGAACAACAAUACAGUUAUUCAACAACAACAGCCACAACUUGUGAUAAUUAUAUUAAUACGCCAAAAGUUUAUAAUAUUACUGAUACAAAUAAUUUGAAUAUUAAAGAUAAUCAUAGUUCUGAUUCUUUAUCAUCAUCGUCAUCGUCAACGCACAAUAAUCAUUAUGUGACACAACAACCAGCAAGAGAGAGAUCAAGUUCAAAUCAAAUAGCAUUACAACAACAUAUUAGUGAAACACGAUAUAAAUGGAUGCAAGUCAAACGAAAUCCAGCUAAAACAGCAGGUAAACCAACUGACUAUAAUUAUCAAACACCAAAUAUCAUUAAUAAUCUUAAUUCAAAUACUGGACGAACAAAUUUUACGAAUAAACAAUUAACAGAAUUAGAAAAAGAAUUUCAUUUUAGUCGAUAUUUAACACGUGCAAGACGAAUUGAAAUAGCAGCAACAUUAGGUCUAAAUGAAACACAAGUUAAAAUUUGGUUUCAAAAUCGACGAAUGAAAGCAAAAAAACGUUUACGAGAAUGUAAGUAA